CUGUCGCUCCUCACUCGUCACCGGGAGGAAGACGGAGAUGCCUGCCUAGCUCAUUAGGGGCGACAGCGAUGGGCGCCGUCGUCGUGGAUUAGUACUUUGUGUCGUUACGUCAUCUAUAAACUGCCAACAUGGGAAAAAAACGAACAAAGGGAAAAACUCUUUCAAUUGAUGAUUCAUCUGAAUCUUUAGAACCUGUGUGCAGACACAUUAGAAAAGGAUUGGAACAAGGUAAUUUGAAGAAGGCUUUGGUGAGCGUGGAAUGGAAUAUCUGUCAAGAUUGUAAGACAGACAAUAAAAUAAAAGAUAAAUCUGACGAGGAGACAGAAGAGAACUCUUCAGUUUGGCUCUGUCUUAAAUGUGGCCAUCAGGGCUGUGGCCGAAAUUCUCAGGAGCAGCAUGCCCUGAAGCACUAUAUGACACCAAGAUCUGAACCCCACUGCCUCGUUCUUAAUUUGGACAACUGGAGCGUAUGGUGUUACCUGUGUGAUAAUGAGGUCCAGUAUUGUACUUCAAAUCGAUUGGGUCAGGUGGUUGAUUAUAUUAGAAAACAAGUUGAUAUUGCAACGCCAAAAUCAGCAGCCAAAGAUAAUGGAAACAUUGAACUUGAAAAUAAAAAAUUAGAAAAAGACAGUAAAAAUGAACAAGAAAGAGAGAAAAAGGAAACCAUGGCUAAAGAAAAUCCUUCCACGAAUUCUGCUUCCCAAAUCACCGUGAAAGGACUCAGUAAUUUGGGAAAUACGUGCUUCUUCAAUGCAGUUAUGCAGAAUUUGUCCCAAACUCCGGUGCUUAGACAACUCCUGAAAGAAGUCAAAAUGUCUGAAACUAUUGUGAAAAUUGAGCCACCUGACUUGGCGUUAACAGAAUCCUUAGAAAUUAACCUUGAGCCUCCAGGACCUCUCACUUUGGCAAUGAGCCAGUUUCUUAAUGAGAUGCAAGAGACCAAAAAGGGGAUUGUGACACCUAAAGAGCUCUUUUCUCAGGUCUGUAAAAAAGCGGUGCGGUUUAAAGGCUAUCAGCAGCAAGACAGUCAGGAGCUGCUUCGCUACCUAUUGGAUGGAAUGAGAGCCGAAGAACACCAGCGAGUGAGUAAAGGCAUUCUUAAAGCAAUUGGUAAUUCUACAGAAAAAUCGGAUGAAGAAUUAAAAAAUAAAGUUAAAGAUUAUGAAAAGAAAAAAUCAGUACCAAGCUUUGUGGACCGCAUUUUUGGUGGUGAACUGACUAGUACAAUCAUGUGUGAUGAAUGUAGAACUGUCUCCUUGGUUCAUGAAUCUUUCCUUGAUUUGUCUCUCCCAGUUUUAGAUGAUCAGAGUGGCAAGAAGAGUAUAAAUGAUCAAAAUCUGAAAAAGACAAUGGAGAAUGAAGAUAAAGAUAGCGAGGAAGAAAAGGAUAAUGAUAGUUACAUAAAAGAGAGAAAUUAUAUUUCUUCAGGAACAAGUAAACACUUACAGAAAAAAGCCAAGAAGCAAGCUAAAAAGCAAGCCAAGAACCAACGAAGACAGCAGAAGUUGCAAGGGAAAACUUUACUGUUAAAUGAUUUUUGUACCAAUGACCAUCCUGAAGAUAAUGAAUGUGAUACUGAAGGGUCACCUCAGGAGGAAAUGGAUGUUCACUCCAACCUUAUCUCACCAGAGGAUGUUACCAAUAACGAAAAUAAUGUUAAUCAAAAAGAUUUGAAUGACCAAGAAAAAAUGAUAGAAAAAGGAACUGAUUACCAAUCCACAGAGGAAGCAGAUAUGAGAAAUGUCAGCAUGGGUAAUGAUGUGGAGCUCUUGUCGUCUCCCCCCGCUGAGUGCACUAAGGAUUUAAAUGGUGUCUGCCUGAAGGAAGACAGUGACGGAGAAGUGGACAUUUCCAGUGGUUUUAAAAACCUUAACUUGAAUGCUGCUCUUGAGCCAGAGGAAAUAAAUAUAGAGCUUCUGAAUGACAGUCAUAUUCCCGGGACACAGGUCUAUGAGGUUGUAAAUGAAGAUCCAGAAACUGCUUUCUGUACUCUUGCCAACAGGGAAGCUCUCAGUACUAAUGAGUGGUCAAUCGAGCAUUGUUUGUAUCAGUUUACACGUAAUGAGAAACUUCGUGAUGCAAACCAACUACUUUGUGAAGUCUGCUCACGAAGACAGUGCGGUGGCCCCAAGACAAAUAUAAAAGGUGGAAGGAAGCGUGUUUACACCAAUGCCAAAAAGCAGAUGCUGAUUUCUCUUGCUCCUCCUGUUCUCACUCUUCAUUUAAAACGGUUUCAGCAGGCUGGUUUUAACCUACGCAAAGUUAACAGACACAUAAAAUUUCCAGAAAUCUUAGAUUUGGCACCUUUUUGUACUCUUAAAUGUAAGAAUGUGGCUGAAGAAAACACAAGAGUACUGUAUUCCUUAUAUGGAGUCGUUGAACACAGUGGCACGAUGAGGUCUGGACAUUACACUGCCUACGCCAAGGCCAGAACUGCAAAUCAUCAUCUCUGCAAUCUCGUACUCCACGGUGACAUUCCACAAGAUUUUGAAAUGGAGUCAACUAAAGGUCAGUGGUUUCACAUCAGCGACACACACGUGCAAGCUGUGCCUACAACCAAAGUACUAAACUCACAAGCGUACCUUCUAUUUUAUGAGCGAAUACUGUAACAACCUCAAAUUCUUUCUCCAGAAACACAUUUAUGGUUUUUAUAAUGGCUGCUAAUAAAAAGACUAACUGUAAAUUAAUGUACUUAGAACUACAUGGCAGAAGAAAUCAUGUUUAUUGAUAUACAGAAAGAAAUCUAAAAAUUUACAAUGGUUUUAUAUCGGUGAGUGGUUUUUACCAGUUUCAUUUUUGGAAAUUCUGAAUUACUAAAGUCCACUUGUGUUUAAUGUGGGGAUGGUGGGGCAGAACACAAUAAACUGACUUACUCCAGAAA